GUCAGUCACUGCUUUAUAAAGCCGCAACUCUCCACUACGGGUUCCACACACCAAGUGUUCAAGUACACAGUUGAGAAUGUCGGGACGAGGAAAGACUGGUGCAAAGGCCCGCGCAAAGGCCAAGACCCGCAGCUCCAGGGCAGGCCUGCAGUUUCCAGUUGGUCGAGUCCACCGCCUGCUCCGCAAAGGUAACUAUGCUCAGCGUGUGGGCGCCGGAGCUCCCGUCUACAUGGCCGCAGUGUUGGAGUACCUCACCGCCGAGAUCCUGGAGCUAGCCGGCAACGCUGCCCGGGACAACAAGAAGUCUCGUAUCAUCCCUCGCCACCUGCAACUGGCGGUUCGCAACGACGAGGAGCUGAACAAACUGCUUGGCGGCGUCACCAUCGCCCAGGGCGGCGUGCUGCCCAACAUCCAAGCCGUCCUUCUGCCCAAGAAGAGCGGGCAGGCUGCCGCGGCUACCGGCAAGUCGGGAAAGAAGGCCUCCUCCCAGUCCCAGGAGUAUUAGCCAGGCGGCUAAACAACUUUUUAACUCAACGGCCCUUUUAAGGGCCACCCACGUGACUUCCAAAGAGCAAUUUUCCCUGUCGUGCUUUUGUCUUUGUAAAUAAAGUUUAUUAAAGGCGAACGUUGCGAGUCACGUGACUGUGCUAGCAUCAUCUGCUAUGUUACCUUAUAUUUGAUUUCAGCAUACUUGACUAAAUGCGAGGGAACUUUUGACUGUUAGUCUUAACACAAUUGUUACUCACGCCGAGGUUUGUACAUUCCAAAUGUAUCCCAUUGCUCAUGAAAUAUGCAUCUACUUGCUAUUAAAUGUAGCAUGCAGCUAACCGCUUA